CCUGUUUUGUUCUACCGCGGCAGUAGUGCCUCCUCCUGGCUGAGUCGUCCUGCCUUCUGGUUUUUCUUUUCUCUCCGGAGGCUCCGGCCUGGUGCUCCAGUCUUUGGGAGCCGUCCGAGAAAUGUGUCGCCCGUGUGUGGAGAAGGAGAGAGAUACCAGUUUUAAAAAGAACAGAUAAACCAUCAUGAUUCCAAUCACUGAGCUCCGGUACUUUGCCGACACCCAGCCAGCAUACCGAAUCCUGAAGCCAUGGUGGGACGUUUUCACAGACUACCUCUCGAUCAUCAUGCUGAUGAUCGCAGUGUUCGGUGGGACGCUGCAAGUCACGCAGGACAAGAUGAUUUGCCUGCCCUGCAAGUGGGUUGUCAACAUGUCAUGCGAGACCAAGCCCAUCUCCAACAUAACCCUCCUUUAUCCACCAGAACCCAAGGGCAUUCAGAACGACCUGGACCGACAUCAGUAUAACUUUGUAGACGCCGUCUGCUACGAGAACAAACUCCACUGGUUUGCCAAAUAUUUUCCUUAUCUGGUGCUGCUCCACACCCUCAUCUUCCUGGCCUGUAGCAACUUCUGGUUCAAGUUCCCCCGCACAAGCUCUAAACUAGAGCACUUUGUCUCCAUCCUCCUCAAGUGCUUCGACUCCCCGUGGACAACAAGAGCUUUGUCUGAGACCGUGGUGGAGGAGAGCGACCCUAAACCGGUGGGGAAGACGAAUGGCUCCAUGGACAAGAAGACCUCGAGUGUGAGCGAGGACGUUGAGGCCAGUGUGCCCAUGCUCCAGCGAACAAAGUCCAGGAUCGAGCAGGGCAUUGUGGAUCGCUCAGAAACUGGUGUUUUAGAUAAAAAGGAAGGAGAGCAGGCCAAAGCGCUCUUUGAGAAGGUCAAGAAGUUCAGGAUCCACGUUGAGGAAGGAGAUAUAGUCUACCGCCUUUACAUACGCCAGACUAUCAUUAAAGUCAUAAAGUUUAUACUGAUAAUUAGCUACACUGCCUAUUACGUCAGGUACAUCAGGUUCAGUGUAGUGUGUCCGGUGAACAUUGAGAAACUAACGGGGUAUAGCAUGUUUUAUUGUGCUCAUCCAUUAGCAACUCUUUUUAAGAUUUUGGCCUGUUUUUACAUCAGCUUAGUCGUGGUCUAUGGUCUCAUCUGCAUGUACACCCUUUGUUGGAUGCUCAGACGCUCCCUGAAACGAUACUCCUUCGAGUCAAUCCGUGAGGAAAGCAGCUAUAGCGACAUCCCUGACGUGAAGAAUGACUUUGCCUUCAUGCUUCACAUGAUAGAUCAGUAUGAUCCUCUGUACUCAAAGCGCUUUGCUGUGUUUCUGUCAGAGGUCAGCGAGAACAAACUGAGGCAACUGAACUUAAACAAUGAGUGGACACUGGAGAAGCUAAGGCAGCGUAUCACUAAGAACUCCCAAGAGAAACUGGAACUUCACCUCUUCAUGCUCAGUGGGAUCCCAGACACAGUGUUCGAUCUGGUGGAGCUAGAGGUGCUCAAGCUGGAGCUCAUCCCAGAUGUGACUAUUCCUCCCAUCAUUGCUCAGCUUUCCAGCCUAAAGGAGAUGUGGCUCUACCACACUCCCGCUAAAAUCGAGGCUCCAGCUCUGGCAUUCCUGAGAGAAAACCUUAAGUCGCUCCACAUCAAGUUCACUGAUAUCAAGGAGAUCCCACUGUGGAUCUACAGCUUGAAGAACCUCAGUGAGCUGCACCUAACUGGGAACCUGAGUGCUGAGAACAAUCGUUUUAUUGUCAUUGAUGGUCUCAGAGAGCUCAAAAGUCUCAAAGUGCUGCGUCUGAAAAGCAACCUGACCAAACUUCCGCAGGUGGUCACCGACGUGGGUGUGCACCUUCAGAAGCUUUCCAUCAACAACGAGGGCACCAAGCUGAUGGUGCUAAACAGCCUCAAGAAAAUGGUUAACCUGACAGAACUCGAGCUUGUUCGCUGCGACCUUGAACGCAUCCCGCACUCCAUCUUCAGUUUGCACAACCUGCAGGAGAUCGACCUGAAGGAUAACAACCUGAAGACGAUAGAGGAGAUCAUCAGUUUUCAGCACCUGCACCGCCUCGUGUGCCUGAAGCUCUGGUACAACCAGAUCGCUUACAUCCCGAUUCAGAUCGGAACGCUGACCAACAUGGAGAGGCUUUACCUCAACAGAAACAAGAUCGAGAAGAUACCCAGCCAGCUCUUCUUCUGCCGCAAGUUACGCUUCUUGGACCUGAGUCACAACAAUCUGACUAGCAUCCACCCUGAUGUGGGCUUCCUCCAGAACCUUCAGUACUUUGCUGUGACAGCAAACAGGAUCGAAACAUUGCCCCCUGAACUGUUCCAGUGUAAGAAGCUUCGCACUCUGAAUCUGGGGAACAACUGCUUACAGACGCUGCCGUCGCGCUUCGGCGAGCUCACUGGGCUGACCCAGCUGGAGCUGAGGGGCAACCGGCUAGAGUGCCUCCCAGUGGAGCUCGGCGAGUGCAGGCUGUUGAAGAGGAGCGGCCUGGUGGUGGAGGAGGACCUGUUCAACACGCUGCCAACAGAAGUCAAAGAGCAGCUCUGGAGGGCCGAUAAAGAGCAAGCUUGAUCCAAACUCCUGCAGAGAGGAAACAUAAUCCUGGAGGUUUGUUCAUAGCUAGACAAAAGAAGGAGCACUGCUGACCAUGCAGGCAAAGAAAAAGUGACCAUUUGGUAUUUGUUUGGUGAACUGGCAGGACCAGCAAAUGUAAGGACAUCACAGAUCUCCACAUUGCAUAUGAUUUCUUUUGUGCUCCUAAGGAUAUGGCUCAUAACCCACCCCUGAAGUCGGAUUUAGUUUAGAAACUGCAAAAAAUGCUGGUAGUAUAUGAAUAUGCAUGCCACAGAAGGAGACAUCUUUGCAGGACUCAGCUGGACGAACUGAACAUUUUCAGAGCAGCACCUGCCUCUCCUCUGGCCUUCAGACUUUAGGAGAAGUUUUGACACUUUCAGCGCAGUAUUAAGUAAAACAUGCUUCUCCUCGUAGCCGAUCUGUUGAGGCAUGUGCUCUUUUCUUCAGGUUCCCUUUACUCUGCUCAGAGGCAUAUUUUAUCAUGCACCCAAAAGUCUCUGGUGAUGACUAGAAAAACACCCCACAGUUCAAUCCUUAAUGCUGGAGAACUUUACAGAACUGCUGUCAGAAGUCACGGGCACAAACUCUUAAGUCAAUAAACACCAUGCUCAUUCUAACUCCAUCAUGUGUGGCCAACUGUUACCUGCACGUGGAGCAGAGUUUCUGCAUCACCUAACAUCAUGUUUACUUAAGCAUGUGAAACAAGCUUCUAUUUUACAUGGCUGAAGCUUUCACAGUAUAAACACGUCUUAAUGGGCUGUUGUACUUUGGGAUAGAAACACAAGCUGAAUGCAUAUUUGGACUUUAGAGACACUGUGAAUAAGGUAUUUCUUAAGCCAAUGCUUGUGUUGUGGCCAAGUGUAUUAAGUGACCUUUUUUUUCCUCUCAGAGCUUAUUAAUUUUGCUUGAACCACACACUGAGAUAAAAUGAGCUUUCCCUGUAUCAAAUCCACAAAAAUACUAACGUUAUGAGAAUGUCAGUAUAUUGUUUUGGUUUUAAAUAUAGGCAAGCUUGCACAAGCCAAGCAUUUAACAGGUCGGUGAUCUACACUUUGAUCAUUACAUUAAGGUAAUUUUUGUUUAAACAUUAUUUGUGGCAUGUUUGUAAGAUCUGUUUUCAAGGAUCAGUCAAAAAAAGACAAUCUUACACAAAAUACUCGAAUAAAGCAAUCACGAAGAACAUUUCAGUGAAUUUCAAAAGCAAAAACCUAGGGCAGAAGCAAAGUCAAGGUGCUCUAUAGCAAAGAUGAACCAAAUCAGGCCGUUCUGAAUAAAAGAAGGGCUGCCACAAAUGACAGUUGUUGACAAUUAAGUUGACUAAUCUUGUCAUUCAUAAGUAUAGCUUAUUGCGCUAGGAUGCUCCAAUAUACCCACCAUUAGCUUCUAGUGUGAUCAGCUAUGUGCCAUAUAAUAAUAAAGACAAGAUGGUAGCUUAUUAAACAACUUUUAAUUAACAUUGUAACUUGUUAAAUCGAGUCAAAUCGAGGUAGGCGCCUAAAAAAAAUGUACAAAAUCACGCCUAUGAAUACGAAUAACUCUGUUGAUGUUAGCAGCUAACAAGAGGUAAUUAGAUUACAGAGGCGACUUCUCGUUCUCCGCCAAGACGUGCUUCCUUUUAAGAUGCUCGUGCAUCGCCGAUGUGCUCCCGUGAAAGGAGAGUUUCACUUUGCAGAUUUUGCACUCUCCAAGCUUAUCUUGUUUUUGUGAAAUUCUCCAAAAUAUUUGAGCUACUGCGCAUGUGCAUCAAGCUGAAAGACAGAAAGCAGCAGCUGAAGGUGCCACAGCAGGCAACAUUUUAAAAAUGCUCAUAGAAUAAUUUACAUCAACUACUGAAUUUAUAGUCAACUAUUUUGUUUGUCGAACGUCAUCGUGACGAAUCGACUAAUCGUGGCUGAACUACAUAAAAGUCUAAAUAGACUGAGUAAUACAAAAGUAAGUGAGAACCAAAACGUGUGCAAAAGAAUUAAAAAGUAGCAGUUAAGAAAAAACAUGUAUUGAAGUUUAAAUAUUUACAUAUAAUUUCAUUUUAAGUUUUAGAGUGAUUUUAUUUUUUGCUUUUGAAAUAAACAGUUUCGCUUCUGAAAUUUUUUGGGAGUUGAUGUAUUUGGGUAUAUUUGGUAUGAGACUGUAUUUUUUAUUGAUCCUUUUGGCACACAUCUUAUUCCAUACAUGUUUAAAUCAUACAUGUAAGGCAAGAAAAAAAAAGACUCCAGUACUGUUUUCUCUAACAGCAUAUAUCACAACCUGUUCCAAGAAAAGUGGACAUUUGUCCCUAAUGUGUUUAUUCAUUCAUGAGGACAAGCAGGAAACUGCAGAGUGGAGGGAACUGGUUUUGACCAGCCUCCACAAGGGAAGCAGUUCUUUGUCAAGUAAGAGGCCGCAGCAUGGUAAACUCGCCAUCCCUGCUCCAAAUUGUUGCAGCAUGCUUUGCUGCUUGAAACACUUUUCCUGUUAAGACCUGGGAUUUAAUAGGAUCAUUUGGAGUAAAUCUGCUACAUCUCCUCCUGCCAGACGUCUCUUACUGCUAAUCUGGCCUUAGCUUUUACAAGCUACACCCUCUUAACGAUCACAAACAUCAUUCGGGCUUUUAUUUUUGCGUGCUGUAAAAUGUAUAUCGCUGACAUAGUUGGCGUUCUUGUUUAGUGUGCAUGACCUGGUUUUAUUUUUCCCAGCUGUUUUCUUUGAUUCUUAAAAAGGGUACUGAGAGUAACAGUGACACCUAGUGGUGCCGUUUUUAGUGAAGUAGUUACGGAAUUUUAUUUGACCUUUGACCUGAAGGAGUUUGCUGCAGGAAUAACCUUCCUACAUGAGGCAAAUUGUAUCAUUUAAAUUUGUUUUAGACACUUAUUUUAGAAGAAAAAGCAAAUAAAGUUAAUAAGUAAACUAGUCCAAAAACGGAAACCUUUGACUGUUGAUAAUUCCGAAUGAUUUUCUAAAACAACAACCCAGAAGUUGUUGAUAAUUAGAGGACCUGAAAGCACUGCCACCAAGUCCUCAAUAUUCUUAUUUUUGUUGAGCUCAGAACCAAACUCCUUCUAUGUGCCUUUAAUGGCAGUAAUGUGGACGUUCUUCCAUUUAGAAUGACGUGCUGCUCACACAAUCACCGCUUCACUCAUGUAGCAAAUGGAUCAGAUAAUAAAACAGUUCUUAGUAAAAGUGUCCUUUGAAUGAGUCUCAGUUUCACAUUCUGUUCUUUAAAACGCCUUAAACAGUGGUUUCAUUGCAAAGAUCCAGGCAGACAUUCGCUCCCUGAGGCCAUUGUGCUUUUGCACGGCACUUUAAAGUGCAGAAAGUGAAGCUUCAGUGUUGAAUGUGUCAACUAGCAAACAGUUUUAAAGAUCUGGGACAAAGGUCAGAGCCAAAAUCGAUGACGAAGGAGAAAUGGUUGCAUUCCUCCUGAAAGUGUCAAAUCUGACACGUUGGUUUGGUGCCAAGUGAAAUGUGUUUUUCUAAUGAUGUAACGGGUGGUUACCGUACGCCUGUGGGAUGUCGAACGGUGUGCGUUUAUAGAAUUGAGGUUGCAGCACGAUCCCUUCUACAGAGAUGAGUUCAUCUUUGUGGUGUAAUGGACAGUUGGUGCAGGGCCAGGCUGGAUCAGGUCUUUUAUGUCUCUCCAAAGUAAAUCUGAUAUCGUAAUGUGGAUCGUUGUGGUGCAGUGCAGUUGUUAGCAACCUGCCUUUCUGCAACACUGAGUCAGAUUAGGAUACAUGUCACAGAAUUAAUUGAGGAAUAAAAGUGCUGGGAGCAUAACAUACUGCAAAGAGCUACAAAAAGAAAAACUGUUUUAGGUUGAAAACUGAAUUGUUAUGACUUUUAUUCAAAUUUGCUAACAUUUCUGACUACAUAUUGAUAUAUGUACUUGGUUUUUUGUGUAAUCUGGUCUAGUUUGUUCCCUCCCAUUUUAGAGGACAUGCCUCUGUAUUUUUCCAUUUAAUUCCUUCUCCUCCAUGACCUUCAGAGUUAUGAGUCGGACACAUUGUCUGUCACUGUCGCCUCUGACUGACUCACACGUUUCACUCCCAGCCCACUCCCUUUCCUCUCACGUCAGCAUUCAAGUGAAGAUCUGAUUCAAACGUCAAGUCAGAUAUUUACAAAAACCAAGAGAAAAGGGGGAAGUUUUCGUCACUUGUCGCUCGGUUUCAAGAAAACACGAGUACUUGUAUUUGACUUUGUCAUGCCAGCAGCAGCUUGUUUUUAUUCAAAUGCAAUAGUGUUAUUUGAGCUUUUUUUUGUUCACUUUUGUUUUUACUUUUCUUGGUGCAAAACUGCAUCUCGUUUGUGUGUGAUGUGUGCCUUUAUGUGUGUGACAACGUUUUCUGUUUGUUUUUUAGACAGAAAUCACUUGUUUGAAUUCUUUAAAGCAGACUGUCUCGUCUGGUUUUCUUGGACACAACUACUGAAGUGACUCGACAAUCUUUCUACAAUAGAGAUGAACUCAAAUGGAUUCAUUACAUUUUGAGAAGGUCAUUUUUUUGUUCUGUUCAUCCAGGAUUUCAGUAUUGAUAAACUAGCGUUGGGUGAAAUGCGUUGUUGCUAAACUGCCAUGGUUAUAAAUAAUCUAUGGCUCUAUGUAAACUUAUUUUUAAUUAAAUGAUUGUAUUUUAGUGUACCUAUUAUCUGUGUCCUGAUGCCUGUAGAUCAGGGACUUAGGAGAACCAUUGUUUUCAGUUGUUUAUUUUUUAUGUAUUUUUCAUUUUUAAAGCAUGAGUUUGUUGACGCUGAACCGGUGUGCUGUAUACGAAAGCCACACACUUAACCCCAAGCAACAGAUCUUUGAAUAUAAGCUAAACUGACACGGCCUUUAUCAAUUUUUUUUUGCCAAGUAAAUAAACACGAGCUUUUUCAGCAUCUGUAAUAGUAAAACUUUGGUUUCUGAAUGAUCAGAUCCUACUUUUGUACCACUCUGACAAAGGACAAUAAAUUAACACUUGAAACUGUAA